AUGUAUACUCAGUCUAACUGUUUACUUGAAUGUCGAACUGAUCAUGUCUUGAAACAAUGUGGCUGUGUUGAAUAUUUCAUGCCGAGGAAUAAUACGACUGCGAUUUGUGGUAACUCUCUUCUCGAUUGUGCAGUAAAUGCUGAAAAUGAUUUAAUAGAAGUACAAAAGAAAUCUAAGAUAAAAGGAGAUGACUAUUGUGACUGUAAACCUGCCUGUUCAAGUUUGAAGUUUAGAGCAGAAAUCUCGCAAGCGAAUUACGAUGAGGGAAAGUUGCUGAACACGCAGGGACUAACGUAUGCGGACACAAAAGGUACGGCCUGGACUCUUCUGCAUAUUUAUUUUAAAGAGGAGUACGUUACAACAAUGGAAAGAAAUGAACUGUAUGGUAUCUCUGAUUUAAUAUCCAACUUCGGAGGCGUUUUAGGACUAUUUACGGGAUUUUCAUUGCUUUCGUUAUUUGAAAUCCUAUACUUUUGUUCUUUACGUAUUUUCUGCAAUGAAAGAUUAUAUGGCAGUUGGUCAGGUUCUUAAACUAAAAGACGAAAUGACACUCCAAGAAAAGUAU